AACAAAACUAACCAAACUCAAAUCUCCAAACCUUUUACAUCAUUCUCAGCUCCCUGUGCCUCUCCAGCUCGGAAAACCAAGAUGAAGAUCACAGUAAUGACCGCCGACGAGCAGUUCAUCUCCUUAGACGUCGAUCCUCACGAGACUGUUGAAAACGUGAAAGCUCUCCUGGAAGUGGAGACCGGGGUGCUGCUUCAGAAUCAGCAGCUUCUGUAUAAUGGGAUGGAAGUUAGAAAUUCUGAGAAACUUAGUGCGAUCGGUGUGAAAGAUGAUGACAUGAUCAUGAUGGUAUCCAAUGCCGUGUCUCGUGCUUCCAGCAAUGCACUGAGCUUAAAUCCAGAUGGGUCUGCUGUAAAUCCAGGGGCUUUCCAGCUGCAGAUUAGGAAUGAUUCUAAUGCAAUGUCACAGUUGUUUCAGAGUAAUCCUGAAUUAGCACAAGUUAUUCUUGGAGAUGAUCUGAACAGACUGCAGGAAGUUUUACGUCAGCUUCACCGCCAAAAUUCUGAACAGCGACGACAACUUGAGGAGGAGAAUGCUCUUCUUUUUGCAGACCCUUUUGAUGUUGAAGCCCAGAAGAAGAUUGAAGCUGCUAUUCGCCAGAAAGGAAUUGAUGAGAAUUGGGCUGCUGCUUUAGAACAUAACCCCGAAGCUUUUGGGAGGGUGGUUAUGCUGUAUGUUGACAUGGAAGUUAAUGGUGUCCCCUUGAAGGCAUUUGUUGACAGUGGAGCACAGUCAACGAUUAUAUCAAAAUCCUGUGCUGAGCGUUGCGGAUUGUUGAGGCUUUUAGAUCAACGUUACAAGGGUAUUGCUCAUGGAGUUGGUCAAUCAGAGAUAUUGGGUCGAAUACACGUAGCUCCUAUUAAGAUUGGGAAUAAUUUUUACCCCUGCUCCUUCCUGGUACUGGAUGCUUCAAAUAUAGAGUUCCUCUUUGGGUUGGAUAUGCUCCGAAAGCAUCAGUGCAGUAUAGACUUGAAGGAUAAUGUGUUGAGAGUUGGUGGGGGAGAAGUCUCUGUGCCAUUUUUACAAGAAAAAGACUUGCCAUCUCGAUUUCUGGAUGAAGAAAGGAUGUCCAAGGAAGCAUCCAGCUCAGGAGCUCCUGUGAUAUCUGGAACAACAGAUAAGAGCAAAGAUGUAUCAACUGGAGGGCAAUCAUCUGGGACUGCUCAUCCUAACACAAGUCAGAGACCUGAUUUUGAAGCCAAAAUUGCAAAGCUUGUUGAGCUAGGGUUUGGGAGAGAUGCAGUGAUACAAGCUCUUCAACUUUUUAAUGGCAAUGAAGAACAAGCCGCAUCGUUUCUCUUCAGUGGCUGAGUUAAUUUAUAAAACUCAUAUAUCAGUGGAUUGAUGCAAGAUCAUACUUUGGGUAUUUGAGUUUACCCAUUCAUUUAAUUGGUUGAUACCCAUAAAGGUGAUAAAGCAGUGUUGCAGUUUACAACGAGGAUUAAUCAGUACAAUUUUCAUGGGUAAAAUUUGCAGUUCCAUUCAUUUAGUUGGUUGAUACCCAUACAUCGAGAAUUUAACAGUACAAUUUACAUGAGUAAACCAUUUGCAGUUCCAAGACUACUGCUUUUCAAGUGAUUUUUUCCAGUUUCUGUUUUCAUGUUGCUAAAUUUAGUUUCCAGAAUGAAUUUCUUACAAAUGUGUUUUAAAAUCAAGUUGGU